AGAACGAGAGGCGCGAGAAGGAGCUGCUCGAACAUGAGACGCGUGAGAAGGAGAGGCGCGAGCAGGUGGAGCGCAAGCAGCAGGCGCGCGAGCAGGAGAGGCUCGUGCAGGAGGCGCGCGAGACCGAGAAGCGCGAGGCGGAGAGGCGCGAGCAGGAGGUCCGUGAGAAGGAGAGACUCGAGCGGGCGGAGCGCGAGCAAGAGAAGGGCGAGCGGGAGGCCCGCGAGCAGGAGCAGCGCGAGCAGGAGGCCCGCGAGCAGGAGCAGCGCGAGCGGGAGGCCCGCGAGCAGGAGCAGCGCGAGCAGGAGGCGCACGAGAAGGAGGCCCGCGAGAACGAGAAACGCGAGACGAAGAGGCGCGAGAAGGAGAGGCUCGAGCAGGAGAAGCGCGAGGAGGAGAAGCGCAAGCGGCAGGCGGGCGAGCAGGAACGGCGCGAGCAGGAGAAAGGCGAGCAAGAGGCGGCCGUGAAGGAGAAGCGCAAAGAAAAGACACCUGCCGCAAAUAAAAUUCUUGGAUAUUACCGUAUCGAGGGGCACUUUUUC